CUAUUUUUGAAGAGCCACUUAGGAUAGAUCCUUGAUUUUCUUCCUUUGUGGGAUAGUGGGGUAGGAUCGAUCAGACUUGGUCAGUACAUGGUUUACUCAAGAGGUAAGCACAAUUUCUUACCAUAGUGGUCGUAUGGCAAACAUUAUAAAUGAUCUUUUUGAAAUAGUGGGGUUUUAAUUUUUUUAUUUUUCAGAUUUAUUUUGGAUAAAUUAAUAAAUUAUAUAUUAACUUAGUAGAUAAAAAUCAUCCUAUAAUAUAAACAUCAUACAGGUAGAUUAAGGUAGCUACUGAAACAUCUGCUCAAUCCCACACUCUUGUAGUGACCUUGUAUUAUGGCCAUUCGGAAGCUGUGGCUCUUCACUUAGGGUUUUAUGCUUUUGUUAUCAAUUACGUUUUUAUGUACUGUCCAUCAUUUUAAAAAGAUUACUAUGACAAAUUGAAGCUAGAAGAACAGUUAGCUUUUGUCUUGGGGUUUCUAUUGCUGCAAUAAAACACUCUGACCAGAAGGGACUUGGGGAAAAAUAGGUUGAUUAGGUUCACAAAUCCCAAGACACAGUCCGCUAGGGGAAGCCAAGACAGGAACUCAAACCAGACAGGAGCCUGGAGGCAGGAGCUGCUGCAGAGGCCCUGAGGGUGCUGCUCACUGCCUGCUCUGUCUGCUUGCUUCUAGAACUCACCACCCACAAAGGGCUGGGCCCUCCCACAUCAAGUAUGAAUUAAGACAAUGCCCUACAGGCUUGCCUUAGGAGUGCCUACAGGCCACUCUUACGGAAGCUUUUUUUAAAUGGAGGUUCUCUCUUAUAGUGGAAUUUUCAUUGCAAGAGUGGUUACUUCAUCCAACUCUCUGUUGACUAUUAAGUGUCAAAGAAACUCAGGACAGAGGGCUGAGGUGCCUACUUAACAUGGCACAGAGGACUCUGGCUUCAUGUCUCCCUCAGUCCCUACUCACAAGUGGCUGUUACAGAGUCAUCCUGGGUGGCAUGAGGCACCCCCUACCCUAAACCUCUCCAGUCCCAGGCUUCACUCUCUUUUCUCCUGUGGAGCCCAGCUAUUUUAUUUGGCUGUGCACCCUCCUGCUUCUCUUGGCUUCUCUUGGCUCUCGGUUCCUCCCUUGGCUUCCUCCUCUCUCCUCUCUUCUCUUCCUGUCUGCUCUCCCAUCUCUCACUCCUCUCCUGGCCACACUCAGUCUGGACUUUUCUAGAUGCCUCUGGCUGUGCUCUUCCUCAAAGCUACAAUAAAACUUUCUCCUCAACCAUACCUUGGAGUAGUCAUGUCUCAUUUUUCAUUCAUUUAUGAAUUCCCAAAGACAAAGCCCUCCGUGCUCCCCCAAAUUUUCUGAGCCUGUGUUGGAAACAGACUGGUAAAGUUAAUCUUAUGUCCCAGAGCUAUGCCAGAGUAGUUCUGGGCCACCCAGACAUAAUAUAUUUCCUUAUAUUUGUCUCUAGGAAUUCUGUCUUAUUCUUCUAAUUCAAUCAGUUUGUGGCCAUAUAGAAGAGAGUAACUAUUUAAAUGCAUGUGUGUGUUUUCAUUGAGACAUAACGUAGUAAUAGUAGAUUGCAUCUGUGUUAAGUGGCAGGUAGCUAUGUUUUGACAGGUGUAUAUGUCCAUGAAAGUCACCACAAUCAAAAAUACCCAAUAUUUGCAUUGCUACUGGAAGCCCCCUCCUGUCCCUUUGCAUGAUAUUCCUAGGUGAUCUCUGUGUUCUGACAAGGGCCACUCUGCUGUCGGUCACCCCAGGUUAGUUUGCAUGUCUAGAAUUUCACAGCUAUAUAAAUGAAAUUCUAAAAGUGCAUAAUAGAAUGUGCUUUUAUUUUAAAGGUAGUUGUAAUUUCAACAUUACUUUUCCUUUCACUUAGGAAAGCUCUUUUGUACCGUCCACUUUUUAUGGAGGCAUCAUAAAGGAUGUUCGGAAUGAGCCUUAGCCAUUCCAUAAACAUGACUGUUAAGUAGAUAAGGAGACUGUACUUGGGCCAGUUCAGAAGUACACUUGGACUCUAACCCUUGAGGCUUCACAGUGCUUAACGCUGCAUAAAUGAUACAGUGUUGCCAGUUAGCAUUUCAAGUUAGUCCUUAGACUCUGGAGUUAGAAAUAGUUUCUCUUUCUUUCUUUCUUUUUUUGUCGUAACACAAUUUCUUAUUUUUUUUCUAGGAAACACAAAUUAAUGCUAGUUAAUGGUUUUUCACAUGAUUAAAAAUAUUGUUGGCAUUUACAAUUAAAGGGACAAAGGGAUAUUUAUAAAAGUAGUAUGGGAAUUCAUAACACAGUCCCGUUUCACUCCUCCCGGGAGAUGAGGUCUCAUUGUGAAUUUUAAGUGCUCUAGGCUGUUGUAGAUUAGAAAUGGUGAUGACAUCUACAGUUUUGCCUCUUAAUAUAGUUCUUCAAAGUUCCAAGCCACACCCAUGUUCCAGGUUGGCCUUUCUACCUAGGCCAAAUUCUUUUGAGAUUAAGAUCUGUAGUAGUAGGCAGAACAUUUAUUUCAGCAUAGAGCAAGCUGCGUGUCCGACUUUUGCACAUGACCAUCCAAGGACAGGCACGGCUCAAGACAGGUUGGAUUUUCAAGUUUCUGAGUUUGUUUCUCAGGACCCCUGACUGCCAGGCGCUAAGUAAGACCUGAGGAAGCAGAUAUAAAGACUUGAAGUAGCCCUUCCAGUCUAAAGAUGGAAAACAGUACCACCACCAUUUCUCGGGAGGAGCUUGAAGAGCUACAAGAAGCGUUUAAUAAAAUAGAUAUUGACAACAGUGGAUAUGUUAGUGACUAUGAACUUCAGGACCUAUUUAAGGAGGCAAGCCUUCCCCUUCCUGGGUACAAGGUGCGCGAGAUUGUGGAGAAAAUAUUAGUAGUUGCCGACAACAACAAAGAUGGUAAAAUCAGUUUUGAGGAGUUCGUGUCGCUGAUGCAAGAGCUAAAAAGCAAAGAUAUCAGCAAAACGUUUCGAAAAAUAAUUAACAAAAGGGAAGGGAUCACUGCCAUCGGGGGGACGUCAUCCAUCUCCAGCGAGGGCACCCAGCAUUCGUACUCAGAGGAAGAAAAAGUGGCUUUUGUGAACUGGAUAAACAAAGCUCUGGAGAAUGAUGCAGACUGUAGCCACCUCCUACCCAUGAACCCCAACGACGGCAGCCUUUUCAAGUCGCUGGCAGAUGGCAUCCUUCUCUGCAAAAUGAUCAACUUAUCCGAGCCAGAUACGAUUGACGAGAGAGCCAUCAAUAAGAAGAAGCUCACUCCGUUCACGGUGUCGGAAAAUCUGAACCUAGCACUGAACUCUGCCUCGGCCAUCGGUUGCACCGUGGUCAACAUUGGUGCUCAGGACCUCAAGGAAGGAAAGCCUCACUUGGUCUUGGGGCUUCUCUGGCAGAUCAUCAAAGUGGGUCUUUUUGCUGAUAUCGAGAUUUCCAGGAAUGAAGCCUUGAUCGCGUUGCUAAAAGAUGGCGAGGACCUGGAGGAGCUGAUGAAGCUCUCUCCUGAGGAACUGCUGCUCCGAUGGGUGAACUACCAUCUGACCAAUGCGGGCUGGCGCACCAUCAACAACUUCAGCCAGGACAUCAAGGAUUCAAAAGCCUAUUUCCACCUUCUUAAUCAGAUUGCUCCUAAAGGCGACCGAGAUGAUGGGCCUGCCGUAGCCAUUGAUCUUUCAGGAUUUAAUGAGAAAAACGACCUGAAGCGUGCUGGAUUUAUGCUCCAGGAAGCGGAUAAACUUGGCUGCAGACAGUUUGUCACUCCUGCAGAUGUGGUUUCAGGGAACCCUAAGCUAAACUUAGCCUUUGUAGCGAAUCUUUUUAACACAUACCCAUGCCUACACAAGCCUGACAAUAAUGACAUUGAUCUCAACUUACUGGAAGGCGAGAGCAAGGAGGAGAGGACAUUCCGCAACUGGAUGAACUCGCUGGGCGUGAACCCGUACAUCAAUCACCUGUACAGUGACCUUGCAGACGCUUUGGUGAUCUUUCAGCUCUACGAGAUGAUCCGCGUGCCAGUCAACUGGAGCCAGGUGAACAAGCCUCCGUACCCUGCUCUGGGAGGAAACAUGAAGAAGAUUGAAAACUGUAACUACGCGGUGGAGCUUGGGAAGAAUGAGGCCAAGUUCUCUUUGGUUGGCAUCGCCGGGCAGGACUUAAAUGAAGGGAACGCAACACUUACCCUGGCACUGGUGUGGCAGUUGAUGAGAAGAUACACGCUGAAAGUGUUAUCAGACCUUGGAGAAGGUGAAAAAGUCACUGAUGAUAUCAUUAUUAAAUGGGUCAACCAGACCCUUAAAAGUGCAAACAAGAGCACUUCUAUUUCCAGCUUCAAGGAUAAAUCUAUUAGUACAAGUUUGCCUGUCUUAGAUCUAAUAGAUGCCAUUGCACCAAAUGCAGUCCGUCAAGAAAUGAUCAAGAGAGAGCACUUGACUGAUGAGGACAAACUGAACAAUGCUAAAUACGCCAUUUCAGUUGCUCGGAAGAUCGGUGCCCGGAUAUACGCGCUGCCUGACGACCUCGUGGAAGUGAAGCCGAAGAUGGUGAUGACUGUGUUUGCCUGCUUAAUGGGGAAAGGAUUGAACAGACUGAAAUAAUGAAGCGUUUACUGUGAUCUGCCACACUGUACGCACCAAACGUCUCAGUUUACAGAAUUUUGAAAUGUAGUGGGUAUAAAAUCCGAAUAUCUGUAUGCUCAAAAUAGUUCUGUAUCCAGCAAUGAAGAAUAUCUUGUCCAUACCAGUUAGAAUUUGUCAAUCUUUUUUUUUUUUUUUUGGAUAACACAAUUACCUUAACAAUCAAUACCAAUGCAGGAAUGUCUUAUCAAGCUGCUAUUUCAUAAUUAAAUUAUUUUAUUUCCUAAGAGUCUUAACCAAAAUAAGACUAAUCAUUCUUUUUCAUGGCUCAAAAAAGACCUGUAUAAAGUUUUGUCAGGUCCUUCUAUUAAAUGUGUUUGGAUUUUUUUUUUUUUUGAUGUGUUGUUUAAAUUUUGAUUAAAAAAAAAAUGUACCUAAAGUCAUAAUCUCACUUAAUCCUUUUGGUUUUUCUCCCUUUAGCUGUGUAAAGUGAUCUAAAAUUUUCUGUAAAUUUCUAUAUGACAUAAAAAUUUAAAGGGAUAAAUAUAAUCCAUCAACAUUAAACUUUUUUAAUACGAGAACUAACUCUUGAAUAACCCCCACGUUCACUCUCUUGUUUAAGCUGUAGGAGAUUUUUACUUACAGUUUGUUUGUAGCUCCAUUGUUACUUCACAUGUGCUAGUCUGAUAACACAGCUUUGUCUCCAGCAUCACAUGUGCUAGUCUGAUAACACAGCUUUGUCUCCACCAUCAAGCAUAAUACUAUAUGUUGGUAGGAUGUUACACAUAUGUAUUUCUCUAAGUCAUCUGAGUUACCCACCUUUUCUAAAAUGGUAUGUAUUAAGUGGUCAGCCAGCCGUUAAGUAUUUAUUUUGCCCCCACAAUGUGUGUGACACUUUUCAAUUGUGGAUAAUCUGAUCUGUGGAGAUCUGUUUUGCAAAUAUUAAUUCUGAAUGUGAAUAUCGUUAUUUUUCACCUAACUGCUUUCAAAUACUUUUCAGCCAAACAUUGGAUAGAAUGUCCUAACUGACACCAAUCCUAUCCUGCUAGAAUCACAUCACACUUACUACUCUCAGGCUACAGGGAAACCUACAUCACUGGACAUGCCCACCAAAUGGCUUCUGUAGAGAUCUGUGUAUAUAAAAGCUAAUGUCCGUCGUAGUUUUUCAUGGUCUCCUGGAAACAGUUGAGGUUUGUGUUCCUCUUUUCCCCAGAAGUUUUAGCAGUAGAGAAAUUCUGUUGCUCAUAGUUGAAGCCAGGAAUGAGCUCCCCGGCCCUCCACUUUAGUGCCAGUGAGCAAUAGUGCUAUGCAAGGAAAGUGCUGUCACCUCUCUCCGUGUGAAUGGGUUGUCCGCCUCCUCCUUGUCCACUGAUCAGAACAUACAGCAGGAGGGAGAGUGUCUGUGUGUUUAGGGUAGACUUUUAUAAAUGAAGUACUGACAGGUGGGAUUCUGAAAUAUAUUCUUCUACAUGAAAUGUCUUCGCCUUUUAUAUUUUGGUGAUUGUUUUCUUAUAUGAAGACACAAUGCUUCCGCUCCUUUCCUGAGAUUAUUUAAAUCAAACCUCUCUGAUUUUUCCCGCUGUCAUAUUUACUAAAACAAUCUGAAUUACAUGGAAUUUAGCACUUUAAGGUGUUCUUUUUCUCACGAAAUAUAUUUAAUAAAAAUGCUGUGUAUGUAGAA